CAAGGAUUAACAGCGUCUUCUCGUUGUAGCUGAUUACUAAAACUAAACAAGUCUAGAACCUCCUCUUCUCGUUUAGAAGAAGAAGAAGAAGGAGACGAAUUGAAAGAUCUCGUAGAGGUACAAAUGGAGACCCAGACAAAUCAAAGUCCGAAACCGGCCAUGACUUCAUGUAGGAAGAAGGUAAAGGAUGAUGCCACUUUCUUUGAGGACGUGAAAGAUCACAUUGAUGACUUUAUACAUGCCUCAAUGGAUGAACACAAGUCCUGUUUCCAAAAGACCAUCAAAAAGAUGUUUGGAUUGUCAAAGGCGGUCGCAGAGAAGCAAGCUGUGGAGGCAAAGGGAGUCGAGAGUCAAUUGCCUCUUCAGACGACAGUCUCGGAGUAAAGACUAGCUUCUUUCCUUCUGCGUUUGAUGUCGUUUCUCUUGUUUAACAUCACAUAUAAGUUUCUUUGUAAAUCAACUUUUCCGACCUAGAGACCAGAUUUGAAUUCAAACAUUUCAAAUGUUAUUGGUUUGAUCUUUGUUAAACAAACAGCUGGUAACAUAGUUUCUAUUAAUCAUA